CUCAGUGACGCUGACGCCAACAACUCCGCCGCUCCGCCCGCUGAUGUUCGCCGCUUCCAUUCAUCCGCUGGAUUGUCCCCCCCUCUAACAAAGCCCGACCCCCGCUCCGUGGCUGUCGGUUGCAUGGUGCUUUGGCGGCUUCAGCGGCUCAGCAAAUGCAGAAAAGGGAGCAAAGUUUCGGUAUACAAAUGCUUUCCGUCCAGCCGGACACCAAGCCAAAAGGCUGUGCCGGCUGCAACCGGAAGAUCAAGGACCGUUACCUCCUGAAGGCCCUUGAUAAGUACUGGCACGAGGACUGCCUGAAGUGUGCGUGCUGCGACUGCAGGCUGGGCGAGGUGGGCUCCACGCUCUACACCAAAGCCAACCUGAUCCUCUGCCGGAGAGACUACCUACGGUUGUUUGGAGUCACAGGAAACUGUGCCGCCUGCAGCAAACUCAUCCCGGCCUUUGAGAUGGUCAUGAGGGCAAAAGACAACGUCUACCACUUGGACUGCUUCGCAUGCCAGCUGUGCAACCAGAGGUUCUGUGUGGGAGACAAGUUUUUCCUGAAGAACAACAUGAUUCUUUGCCAGACGGACUAUGAGGAGGGGCUGAUGAAGGACGGCUAUGCACCCCAGGUUCGCUGAACCUUUCAAUCCAAGAGGAGGAGGAGGCCAGGGAGAAAGAGACAGCCUGAAGGAGAGCAUGCAAUCACACAGCAAAAUGCACUAUUGCCUCCCGCGCUGCUCCUGUACCCCCACAUGUACAUAACCGAACAGGCCUCCUCCUUUGGGGGCCGCUGCUGUACAGAAUAGCCGUAGAGACGAUGAGGCGGGGGGGGGGGGGGGGGGGGGCGGUAGAGCCCACAAGUUUCCUCGUGUAAAGAAAGGUGUUUGUAUAUUCUGUCCUUUGCUGGUUUCCUCUUUUCUCCAGGUCUUCACGCUGUGUCUGAGAGCUCGUUCUCAGUCCUGAAGCGGCUCUGUUCUGCCUGGAUUCAAAAGAAAAAUGAUGUUUCAGAAAGUCAGCCGCAGAGGCUCCUCAUACAAGAUUCACAUUUCAGAAAAUAUAAAUGAUCAGUCUGUGAGUUAAGGGACAAUUCUUACAGGAAAAUGUUGAAAAACUGAUACUAUGUCCUGUCACAUGACUGUAGUCCCCCCAUAAAUACACCUGUCUGUCAGGUACUGUAGGUCUGUCCUGCUCUGCUCUAAACACAAAGGCCGUGUCACACAGCCACUACGUACGUUUUGGGCAUUUUCCACUGUGAAUUAUAAUUUGUAAAUGUUUCUUGCGUUUGUCAUUCGUCAAUGUGCACAGAGGUCCAUCGAGGGUUUCAGCCGACGGGACUUUACGUAAAUACGGUUUGGAGCUGUUCAGAAUUUUUGGUUGGUUGUGAAUUAUGCAGUUUACACGAUUUUACACACAAUUAUUAAGUAAAGCUUACGCAUGCGUGCGUGAUUUUUGCCAGAUGCGUACACAAAUUUCUGGCUUUCCACAACUGUUCCACGAAUGUUUAACAGACUUUUCACCCUUGUGCCACCGAUGUAUAACUUUUUAAUUGCACAUACGGCGCACAUAUCAUGUUACCAUGACUUAAUUGACGCACAAAUCACUA